AUGUCGGCCGAUCUAGCAACCAUCGCCAACCUUCUACAGGCCACCGAGCAGGCCAUCCGCCAGGAAGAGACCAAGCCUCAGUUCUCCCUCGCUCUCCUUCAGAUUGUCGCCUCAGACUCAUAUCCCAACACGACACGGCUGGCGGCCGCUCUCUUCUUUAAGAAUUUCAUCCGCCGCAGCUGGACCGACGAGGAUGGCAACUACAAACUCNNCCCCCAGGACGAGGUCACGGCCAUCAAAUGUGAGGUCAUUGGCCUCAUGAUCUCGGUGCCUGCCACCAUCCAGACUCAGCUGGGAGAGGCCAUCAGUGUCAUUGCCGACUCGGACUUCUGGGAGCGCUGGGACACGCUGGUCGACGACCUCGUCUCGCGCUUCACCCCCGACAAUCCCAAGGUCAACAACGGUGUCUUGCAGGUCGCACACUCCAUCUUCCGUCGCUGGCGCCCACUGUUCCGCACAGACGACCUCUUUACCGAGAUCAACCACGUCUUGUCCAAGUUCUGCGAGCCCUACCUCGCUCUUCUGCAGAGCACAGAUCAGCAAAUCGCCGCAAACCAGAACAACAGAGAACUCCUCACCCAGCACUUUGCCACACUCAACCUCAGCAUCAAGCUGUUCAACGACCUUUCCUGCCAAGAUCUGCCUCCUGUCUUCGAGGACAACCUGGCCUCCAUCAGCGCUCUGCUUCUGAAGUAUCUGAGUUACGACAACCCUCUCCUGCAUACCGACGACGAGUCAGAGGCCGGUCUUCUGGAGUACAACAAGGCUGCCAUCUUCGAGGCCCUGAUUCUCUAUGUUCAGAAAUACGAGGAUGCUUUUGGACCAUACCUGGGCCAGUUUGUCGAGAGCUCGUGGACCCUUCUUACUGCUAUCGGUCCCGAGACCAAGUACGAUAUUCUGGUCAGCAAGGCCCUGCAGUUCCUGACCUCGGUCACCAAGAUCAACCAGUACGCCCAGAGCUUCAACAACCAGGAGAUUCUAGGCCAGGUUGUCGAGAAGGUCAUCCUUCCCAACCUGUCUCUGCGUGAGUCGGAUGUCGAAAUGUUCGAGGACGAGCCUAUUGAGUUCAUCCGCCGCGAUUUGGAAGGAUCCGACAGCGAUACCCGCAGAAGAGCAGCUACCGACUUCCUCCGCCAGUUGGUUGAGCAGUUCGAGAAGCUCGUCACCGACGUCGUUUCGCAGUACAUCUCACACUACCUGGCCGACUAUGAAAAGAGCAAGAGUGACAACUGGAAGUCAAAGGACACUGCAGUCUACCUCUUCACCUCGAUUGCUGCCAAGGGCGUGCCUACCGCUGCUCGAGGUGUGCAGACAACAAACACCAACGUUGAUGUCAUCGAUUUCUUCCAGAAGAACAUUGCUGUCGACCUUACUUCGGCCGACACAGAGGCCAUCCUCAAGGUUGACGCCAUCAAGUACCUCUACCUGUUCCGCAGUCAACUCACCCAGGACCAAUGGCAAGCCGCCUUCCCUCUGCUGGUUCAGUGCCUCGGUAACGAGAACUACGUCGUUCACUCCUAUGCCGCCAUUGCCGUUGAGCGCGUUCUCUACAUGACUGAUGACAAACGCCAGCCGAUCAUCCCCAGAGAGACUCUCCAGUCCCUUAGCAAGGACCUGCUUCAGCAUCUCUUCCUUCUCAUGACCAAGGACUCCAAGGCCGAGAAGAUCCAGGAGAACGAGUUCUUGAUCAAGUGUGUGAUGCGUGUGCUCAUCGUCAUCCGCGAGGGUGUCUUGCCCAUCCUCGACAUGGUCCUCACCAACCUGAUCAACAUCGUCAAGGUCAUUCGUCACAACCCUAGCAACCCCCGCUUCUACUACUACCAUUUUGAGAGCAUCGGCGCUGUUGUUCGCUUCGCUGCCGCUACGCAGGCUGCCAAGCUCGAAGCCGCUCUCUACGAUCCCUUUGCUGAGAUUCUGGCCAACGAUGUGCAAGAGUUCCAGCCAUAUGUCUUCCAGGUUUUUGCUGCACUCCUCGAAGCCAACCCCUCAGGUUCGUUGCCCAGCUACUACCAGAGCUUACUUGGCCCCAUCCUCACUCUGGACAUGUACAACUCUCGCGGCAACGUCCCCGCUCUUGUCCGUCUCCUCUCAUCCAUGAUCCCUCGUGCGGGCGAGCAGAUUGCUGCCAACAACCAGAUCGAGCCUAUCCUGGUCAUCUUCCAGAAGCUCAUCUCUUCCAAGGCAAACGAGUCACUCGGAUUCGACUUGCUCGAGGCCAUUUGUGGCAACCUCCCUGUUGCUGCUCUGCAAAAUUACUUGACCACAAUCGUGCAGCUGCUCAUGACCCGUCUCUCCAACUCCAAGACGGAAAACUUUACCGUCCGCUUCGUGCGCUUCUACCACUUCUUCUCCGCACGGGACGACAAAGGUCUUGGUCCCGAUCUCUUCAUCAACGUUACCGAUCAGGUCCAGCAAAACGUCUUCACUCCCAUGUACCUUCAAAUCAUCCUUCCUGACACACAAAAGCUGUCACGACCAUUCGACCGCAAGACUGCUGUUGUUUCGCUCACUCACACUCUGGCUAACAGCCAGGCCUUUGUGGAUCGUUAUGGCAAGAAGGGUUGGGGUUUCACAUGCGAAGCACUUCUCAAGCUUCUCAUCAACCCUCCGCUUCCGCAGUCUGCUGAUGACUUGAUGAUCGAAGACCGUGAUGUUGAGGACGUCGGCUUUGGUGUUGGUUUCACCGCUCUCAACACAUGCAAGCCUGUGCCUAGAGAUCCUUUCCCCGAAGUUCAGGACGUUAAGAAGUGGGUUGGCUCGUACUUGACUGAAGCCGAUCAAAAGACUGGUGGACGCAUUGCAGCUGCCGUGAAUGAAAAGCUGGGUCCUGACGCGCAGGUAGCUCUAAGCAGUGUCAUGCAAGGAUAG